UAUUCCAGUUGGUUAAAUGUGCUGUUCUUCACACGGCAUGGUAGAGUAGGCUAGGCUACUACACGCCAACUCGGCAUCACCUGUACAGUACUCACUUCUCUUCUGUAGACAUCUAGCUGGCACAGACACAUUAGUGAAAUGAUACAGGAACUUCCAGAUUGGUUGGAUAACUCUUUCUUGGCUUCAGCUCUACAGGGAGAAGAUGAUACUAAAGAAGUGACAGUUGUCAAGUUCUCUGCCACUCCAGCAGUAGCAGCAGGCAACAACUACACAAGUCAGCUGUAUAGGAUCACAGUGCAGUACACAAUCCCAGAGUUAGACCCCCAGGUUACCUCACUCAUUGUCAAAGCUCCGGUCACCAAGGGUGUGAUUGUAGAAAUUUCCCAUAAUAGAGAUUUCUUUAGCAAAGAACCCAAAAUUUAUAAUAAGGUAUUACCAUACCUACAUUCAAAAUCUGGCCAACAAUUUGGCCCUACAUAUUAUAACAGUAAUGUUAAAAAUGUAUUGGUUUUGAAAGAUAUAAGCAGAGAAGGUUAUGUCAUGUGUGACAGGUACAAAAAGCUAGAUUAUUCACAUUGUAAAUGUGUUUUUUAAAACUUUAGCUAAAUUUCAUGCAUCUUCAGUAGCUUGUUACAGAGAUGAUCCCAACCUAAUCAAGGAAGUCGGAGAAGAUUUUAUAUAUAAAACUAGUAAUGUAAAAAAGGAAGAAAUGGAAAUUUGGCUGCAAAGUUGUGUGAAAACUGCUGUAGAGAUUGUCAAUGGCAUCAGUGAUUGCAAAUCUGCAGUAGAAAUGUUUUUGAGUAGACUAAAUAGUGCAAACAUUGCAGAGUCAAUUGGAAUACUAAGCAACCCUAAGAAAGAGGGUUUGAAUGUUCUGAACCACGGAGAUCUCUGGAUCAACAACAUGUUGUUUAAACAUACUGAUUCUGGUGAUGUUGAGGAUGUGAAAUUCAUAGACUUCCAACUGUCAAAGUUCACCUCACCCAUGGUGGAUCUUCUAUACUUCAUGUGGACAAGUGCUAGUGAGGACGUGCGAGAGAGUAGGCAACAAGAACUCUACGAUGUAUACCUCCAAACUCUGAAUGAGAAACUCAAGGAACUUGGGUGUCCAGAGAGACUAUCAGAAGAGGAGUUUCACCAAGAUAUCAUAGCUGCCGCUGACUGGGUAAUUCUUGUCAUAUGUGGUACAUUACCGAUGAUGAUGUGUGAUGCAGAAGAUGUCAUAGACUUAGCAGAAGUAAAUAGAGAUGAUUUCACGAGUACCCAGCCAAGUGAGAAGAUACUGAAAAUGUACAAUAGCAAACAUUACAGAUCAACCCUCCCCAAUCUUAUGAGACAGUUUCACAGCUGGAUUUCUGUGUACAUGUCAUGAAAGUUAAUGAUAAUAAUUUUACAAGUAUUACCAAUUUUAGUACUAUAGUAAUACAAUCUUCAUGUAUACAAUUAUGCUUAGUAUAAUUUUUUUCUAGGAAAAGCUAUUAGCAGUAUUAAAAAUUAUUGAUAUGUUUCUUGUCUUAGACACUUGCCUUUUACAGUUAAGAAAAAUUAAUACUAUUAAUAUAUAAAAAUGUACAAAUAUUUAUUAAACAUAUCUUAAAUAAUAUUAUUAAACUAUUAUU